AAGGCGUUGGAGAGUUUACAUUUCCGGUUUAUAGCCAAUAGCAGCGAACCUACUCAUGUUUGAAAGAAGAACAGGCGGUUGACGUUUACUCCUACAGCAGCCCAGCCACGCAAGCCCUCAUGUCCACGAGAAGAUCGCAUACAUUUGGAGAGACCAUGCCUUCAACAAGAUCUGGAGAACGCACCCCAUUGAAGUGUGUCCAGAAUGAAAUGCGCCAUGUCUCAACCCCAUCUUCUAGACUCAAAUCGAGAUCAGGGUCGGGCAGCAAUAUCCUCAAAACACCCAAGAAUGAUGCUGUGUUCAUCUACACAGACCCGUUAACAAUUUGCCCUCCACCAGCUGAGGUCCUAUGCUCUCCUAGUGUUCCAAAGCCCAGUGAUAAAACUACUACCACUGAGGACACAGCUGUUGAUACAAGCAGUGGACUUGGAGACAUUACCUUCAAGUCCUUCAUCUGUGCUGGGGGUGAGGUUGAGGUUUCAGAGCCCUCAAGGGUUGCAGACGAAACCAUCCGGCUACCCAAGAAUCAACUGAACAUCUCUUCUCUUCCUGGCUAUGACGAUGAAAACACAUGUCUCUCUGACAGUAUGGUUACUCAAUGCUGCGACAACCAUGUGGAUCACGUCUAUUGUGAUUUGGAAAGAGAUUUGUCCACAACUAAAGCUGACCUGUCCUUUAAUGGGGGUUCAAACGCCAGUCUUAGUGUUCCACAGUUCACCGAUAUAGCCCACAUCACUGAGACUGUUACUGGCGGACAGGGAGAUGUAACGUUUAAGUCUUUCAUCUGCACCGGAGGGGAGGUGGAAGUUUCAGAGGCUUCCAGGGUGGCACUUGAGACUAUACUCCUACCAACGGAUCAGCCUGCAAACCACCAUCAGCCAUACAACGACAGUAUAUAUCAAAGUGUUAUAGUAGAUGAGUUGGACAUGCAGUCCAUCGAUGACCACGCAGAUCACCUCUAUUGUAAUGUGGCCUCUAGUGCACACCUUUCCUUCAAAGAACCUACACAUUGUAGAACUAUGAAAUCCAUAGAGAUGGUACAUACCAAUGAAGAGUCAACUGGUGUUCAAAAUGCCACUGGCGGACGAGGACAUGUGACAGUCAAAUCCUUCAUCUGCACUGGGCUUGAGGUUGAAGUCUCAGAGUCCACCAGAGUGUCCAAAGACACUAUCCUCCUACCUGAGAAUCAGACUGUGACAAGUCAUCUACCAUACAACGACAGGGUCAACCCAAGCAUCAUAGAGGAGCAGUCCUCCGAUCAUGCAAAACACCCUUACAGCCAUGUGGAAAGUGAAGGUGCCGUGUGGAAAGCGGACGCCGCUGCCAUCAGUGAACCCUCAAUGGGAAAUGCAUCCUUAAGGUCAUUGAAGGACCUGGAUGAGGUCGCCUGUCAGCUUUUCCCUGAAGGCCCCAAACAGGGUUAUUCUCAUGAUGAAGACAGCGCCGUGGUUCCAGCUAUACAGUUGGAAACUGACCGCUCCCAUUGCAAUGAGUUUGGAGCCUCAGCCAGGAGCUCCACACCUGUAGAUGAGGACAACCCAUCAAUAGCCUCUCACUCCCAUUCUCAUGGUUCAAUGCAGGAGUCCAAUGGGGCCACAGACAGUGCGCUGGGUUCAAGCAGUAACGCUCCUCUUCUCUCCAACACUACAGACAAAGCGAGCUCUGAGAACAUUGCUGACGUGUUGACUGAGCUACCCAAGAUCCCCUCUGUAGCGACGUGGGCCGGCGUUGGUGAUGCUUUACAGUUUGAGAUCUUCAGCCCCGUUCUUAGCACUACCCCCAUGACCAGAAGAAGGGGCAUUCAGAAAUCGUCUUUCGCCCAAAUGGAGGAAUCCGCUCUGGAAAACGGUAGGGGUUGUGUCCUCAACUCUGCUGAGGGUAGCUCCGUUGUCCCCGCCAACCCAGACAGCCGACUCUGGGCGGCUGUCCUGGAGAGCCCCAUGCCUCUGCCCAAGUUCAACUCGACGGCAGUGGGUGCCGCAUCGACCUGCAAGCCCCCUCCUCCUCCAGACCCAGUCACAGAGACUGUGGAGAAGAGGCCAGAAGUGGAUGUACCUCAUGUAAAAUCCCAACCAAUGGUGGAGAAAGUAAAAAUGGGUCUUUUUGAUCAUUUACCAAGGUUGGUUUGUGAGGAGCCCUUUCAGCAGCAACUCAUCCAGAUGGCCCACUUCCUCAUCCUGGCAUCGGGCAAGAUGGACCCUGUUAGCAACCCUGCCCUAGCCCCUACACCCGCUCCCGCCCCUCCUGUAGUGGAAACUACAGCGGGGACCGUGGCUGUGGAGUGCCACAGCAUGUGUGUUGGCACCACUCCAGUGAGGCAGAGUGAGUUCUCUGUGUCUGACGCCUGCACCAGCACCGAGACCCUGCUCUGGAAUCUGGCCCCUGGGAGCCUGUGUGGGGUCCCCAGACAGGAGCUGGAGCAGAGGCUGACCUCCACUCUCAUCAUGGUGGAGGCCCUGGUGCAGCAGCUGUGCACAGCCAGGGGACAGGGCCACUCUAGGGGCCCCGGGCCCUCAGAAUUCAGGGACAAGCUGGUCCAGACCGACCACACUGAACUCAGCCAGACGGUAACCUACAAAGACCUGUAUGUGACGGCCCUGGAGAGGAUCAAGGAGCUAGAACUGGACCCGACCACUCUACAGAACCUGCUCCACAGCAUGCAGGACACCAGGAGCACCAUGACAGCCCUGAGUGGAGACACUGAGGCUGCUCUCAGCAGCAUGAGGCAGAUAACAGACCUGGUUAAAGAGGACCAGCAGAGCCUGGUUACACAGUAUGGUCAGAUGAAGUCCCUUUAUGAGAAGUACAAGGAGACCCAGGGCAGGAUGGUGCAGAAGGUCAGAGACACCCUGCAGCAGAGAGAGGACAUGAGGAGACGGAUGGAGGAGGCUUUCACCGCCAAGGAUGCAGCCUUCAGUGUAACUGAGCAGCUGAGGGUUCACUGUGCCGUGCGUAUCUCUGAGCUGGAGGAGAGUGUGGGAUCUCACCAGGAGCUGAUGGCUGCCCUGAACAAGACCUACCCAGAACAGGUUGCAUUGAACAAGGCCUACGUGGAAUCCCUCAACUCUGCAUCUGAGCUUUUGAGAGGAACCAUGAGCGAUCACGACAGUCUGCAUCAAGAGCUGAAAACAGCCAGGCGUCUCCUCCAGAGGACAACUCCUAUACUGGUGAAGCUGAAUGAGAAGGCAGCCAACGCUAUAGGAGAGAGAGACCAGCACCUCUCAGAGAGAGACCAAGCUGUGGAGGAGAGAGAGCAGAUCCAAGAGGAACUGGACCAAACCAACGUGAGUCUCCAAGAUGCCAGACAGGAGGUUGGGGACUUGAAUCUGCAGGCCACCAUCAUCAAUUCAGAGUUGGGUGUUCUGCGUCAGAAGCUGAGUGAGGGAGAAGAGGAGCGAGUUCAGCUGGAGAGGAAGGUCACAGAGCUGUCUGCCACCGUCUCAUCUACCCUGGCCUCCUAUGCCUUCCUAGAGCAGGCCCUGGCUGCAGAGUCCACCAAGUUGCAACAGUCAUGGCAAGAAGUCCAGCAAGCUACCGACAGGGCCAACCAGUUGGAGGGUGCGUUGGUCCAGUCAGAGCAGCGUGUAUGUGAGCUGUCCCAGGCUCUGGCCCACAGCGAGGAGCAGCUGAGCCAGCUGCAGAGCCACUCCCACAGCCAGAGCCUGCAGCUGCAGAAGCUCCAUGAAGUGCACGUGCAGCUCAACAGCAUGAUGGAGAUGAACGAGUUCCUACAGAUGGAGAAUGAUAUGGCCAGGGAGCAGGUGGUGGAGAGUGAGAGGACACUCCGGGCUAACCUACAGGGGCUCAGGGAGAGGAACAUCCAGUGUGAGGACCUGAAAGGAGCCCUCAGCCACCUCAAGGCUGAGAGGGAGGCUUUGCAGGCAGAGCUGGAGGACAGUCAGGCCAGAGCCCAGUCAGUCCAAUUGGACCUGGUAGAGCAGCUAGCCCAGGCUGUUACUGACGUCACCCUGCUACACCACACACUGAGACGACUGACCAACGAUGUUCACACUGCUCUGACCACCAAGGUAAUCACACACACCCUGUUACACCACACACUGAGACGACUGACCAACGAUGUUCACACUGCUCUGACCACCAAGGUAAUCACACACACCCUGUUACACCACACACUGAGACGACUGACCAACGAUGUUCACACUGCUCUGACCACCAAGGUAAUCACACACACCCUGUUAUAUCACACACUGAGACGACUGACCAACGAUGUUCACACUGCUCUGACCACCAAGAAGCCAGAGGUCUGUGGUAAAGACGAGGUGUCCCAGCCCUCCCUCCAUGUUGAGCGUCAUCCCUCCACCUCCUUCGUGGACAGCAUCAUGGUGGCCAUCACCACUGACCUGGCCCAGGUCAAUGACACACAGCCCCCCUUAGACAUGACAGAGGAACCACAAGCUGAAGGGUUGGGCAGCGAGACUAGCGCCUUCACUCGCCUCGCACCCAUCACUCCUAAGAAGUGUCAGGUGGUGCCUCCAGAGGAGGAGCAGAGUAGUGUGGUGGAGCUGCUAGCAGACCUGGCUAACACAGUCUCUGAGCUCGGCUCCACCAUCACACAGCUACGACAGAGCAAGGACACCGAGCAGGAGGCACUGAACAACACCAUCUGUGGGCUGCAGGGGGAGCAGGAGGCCCAGGCCCACAGACACAGGGCUGAGGUAUCCGAGCUGAGGGGCCAGCUGAGCCGUCUCCAGACCCAGCUAGGCCGGGACCAGGUGGCUCUACAGAACAAGGCCCAGGAGGUAGACUCUAUGAAGAGGAUCUGCAGUGAAGUGGAUGAGGCCAGGGAGUUUCUUUACAAGCACAAAUCUGAGAACAAAGAGCUGCGUAAGGAGGUGGCAGACCUGCGCCGUUCACUGCACCAAUCACAGGUGGAGUCCCAGGCUCUAAGGGACGAGCUAAGAAAGACCGGCAACCAAUCAGCACACAGCAUGCAUUCCAUGGACGACAAGAUCCGCCUACUGAAAGAGGUGGAAAGACUAAAGAGGACUCUGUUGGAAGCUGAGGAAGGAAGAGCAAAGCUUCUGGAGAGAGCCAAGAGACAUCAAAUGAUCCACUACACCAACCAGAAGAAAGCGGAGAAGGAACUUCGAGUCCUUGACGAUAUGAUUGAGACGGUCAGAAAGACUUUGUCUUCUGUUCCUGACGUUGUCAAGCACUGCAAAGAACUCGAGACUCUAGUCGAAUAUCUUUGUUAAUGUCAUAUUAUAAACUGUAGUUUAAAUCAGUUCUGUUUUUUUUUUUUUUUCUUAAACCUAUUUGUACAAAUAAAAAAUUCUGGUAACA